AUGACCACAAUGACCGAAGUCUGUAGCAUCAAGAACAGCUGCCAUGAUGGGAAGGCUCUCCUGGAGUGCACGUUGCGGGAUGUCUUCCUGGAGACGGCUGCAAGAUUUCCAGAUCAGACAGCUAUUUUCGAUGACAACUGCCAGAGGAGCAUCAGCUAUAGCAAGGCCAAUGGCUUGGCCACGUCUGUUGCAGCGUCUUUGCAGACAAUUGGAGUAACGAAAGGAGACCGCGUUGCAACCAGUCUUGGCAACAGUCUUGAAGGAUACCUGUCCAUCUUGGCCUGCUACAAUAUUGGAGCUAUUGCCGUUCCUCUUAAUCCAGCAUACAAGCUGGCGCAGGUCGUCGGUGCUCUGAACCAUGUUAGUGCCAAGUGUCUCAUCAUUUCCCUCGAUGCACGACUGGCAUAUGAUCGAUCGGAGUCGAACACCCCUCUGUUGCAAGAACUGGCGAAAGACGACGUGGUGCCCGGCCUAGACCAUAUCAUCGUGGUAGACAAUGCAGGCGGCAGGACUGAUGAGAUCGUCCCGACGGAGAACUUCACGCCGUGGGACGAUUUGAUCGCUGGUGACAAUACCCUUCAGGAGACUCAUGUUGGUCCAGGGGACGUCGCGCUCAUUCAAUUCACCUCAGGAACGACAACGGCUCCGAAAGGCGCAUGUCUCACGCAUCGUAACAUCGUCAACUCUGCCUUGAUCAUGGGCGAGCGCCUGAGAUACACCCACCGCGAUGUGAUAUGCUGUCCUUUGCCACUCUUUCACGUAUCUGGGACCAUUCUCGGAAUGGCAAUUUCUUUGUGCUUUGGCGCGACUCUGGUAUUCCCUGCUGAAGCAUUCAGUCCUGAGGCGACCGUACUAGCGCUUCGUACGUUGGAGGCCUCGUCGUUGUACGCUGUGCCGACGAUGUUCAUCACAAUGCUGGACUAUGUUCGAGAGCAUAAGAUCAAGAACGAGGACUUCCAAUCCUUGCGAACCGGGAUCAUCAGUGGUUCUCCAGUCCACGCUGCACUAUUGAGGCGGAUACAAGAUGUGUUUUCCCUGCCUGAGCUCGUGGUAGCAUGGGGUAUGAGCGAGACAACUGGAGCAGCUACGAUGUCACACCCGACCGAAGAUAGCGUCUUGCAACGGACGUCGACCGCAGGAAGGCCCUUGGCGCAUACGCACGUAAGAGUCGUAGCGCGAGAUGAUCCGUUUCGUGAACUUCCUGCUGGUGACCGCGGUGAGCUGGUUGUGUCCGGAUACCUGUUGAUGCAAGGCUAUUGGGCAGAUGUGGCCAAGACCAACGAUAUCAUGGUCCGCGACCCAUCCACCGGGGUGAUCUGGCUGCGGACUGGUGACGAGGGCCAGCAAGAUGUCAAUGGAUACGUGACCGUGACUGGACGUAUCAAGGAUGUCAUCAUUCGUGGAGGUGAGAACAUCCAUCCUGCAGAGAUUGAGAGCCUGUUGAUCGAGCACCCUCUUGUUCAGGAUGCUAGUGUGAUCGGGAUACCGGACCCAUUCUACGGCGAGGUCGUUGGCGCAUUUGUCGUCCUGGCGAGUGAUGCUGAGCAAGCUAGUCAUAAAGCUAUUCGACUCUGGCUGGCUACCAAACUCGGCCGCACAUGGUUGCCGAAAGAAGUCUUCUUCGUGACAGACCUCCCGAAGACACCAUCUGGCAAGAUCCAGAAGUUCGAGCUCCGCGAGAAGGCCACUCAAUUAUUGGCCGACAAGGCCAAGUGGAGCUACGCGGCGGAUGCCUACAGCGAGGGCAUCCAAAAGGCCUCAUCCCGAGUUGCCGCUCAUUUGAUCGAGAUGGUCAAUCGUUCGCAACCGAUUACAGAGAUUUCUCGGGUUGUUGACGUUGGGGCAGGCACUGGAGCGGCGACAGCAGUCCUCGCAGAGACGACUGCAGCCGGACGCAUCGUCGCAACAGAUAUUGCACCUCUCAUGCUGGAUAAGAUCGUUUUGUCAAGCACAUCCCUGACCAGUAAAAGAGUCGAGAAGCGUGUCGUGGACGUCUUCGCUCUCUCAAAAGUCUUUCCUCGCCAUAUCUUCACUCAUACCGUCUCGAAUAUGCUUUUGCACAUCUUAGACGAUCCAUUACUAGCAGUCAAGGAGAUGGCAGCCGUGACUCGCUCUGGUGGUGCUCUCGCGCUCGCUAUCACGGGUACACCUGUGUUUCCAUACAUCCUUUGGGAACGUGCUUGCCGGACCUUGGACGAUACAUUUCGAGUCUCCGACCCAUUUCCAAGCCGAUGGUCCAAGCCGCGAGACCUUCAACAAGCAUUCGAUGCUGUGGGUGCCGAGAACGUGGUGAUCCAAGAGAUAAGCGUUGAGUGGCCCUUCCGCGACGGAAGCGAAUUCGUCAAGCUGUUUGGCAAUGGCAAACAUCCCGGCUUCACGGCCGCUGUUGCAGAAUGGAAGGGUUGUCGAGACAGCGCUCUGCAAGCAUUAGUCAAGGUCUUCGACGAAGAAGCAGACUUCUGCCUGAAGGCUGUCAUAGGUGUAGGGCGGUUGCCAUAG